GGUAGGAGGAGAGCAGUGCAAUAGGAGAGUUGUGAUCUAUGCAGUGCAAUAAGUGGGCUGUGAUCUAUGCAGUGCAAUAAGUGGGCUGUGAUCUAUGGAGUCAGUGCAAUAGGAGAGCAGAGCUUUGAUCAAUACUGAGCAGGAGGGAUGCUCCUCUCUAAUCAGGACUUCAAGGAGAAGUGCUGAGCUCUACUCUGGAUUUUGGACUGGAAGGGGUAUUUCUGUAGAGAGUUCUGGGCUGGCAGGAGUAGUUUGUAUAGAGAGUUUUGGACUGGCAGGAGUAUGUACUGCAGAGUCAGCUCCAUUCAGUCCCAGUGAUGGGAGAGCCAGGCAGGGGUCUCCUGGAUAACUGGGCAAUGCCCCCACCUGCAGCCUGUGCCUCUUCCCAUCCCACCAGGAUUACUGCUUAGUCUACUGGAUCUGCUGCAACCAUGCUAAGGAGGGUCCUGCUGAGUGUGUUUAUGGUGGUCGUGCUGGGCAGGGGAACCGCACUGCAAUAUUCCAGUGACAUGUGCAAUUGGAAAGGAAGUGGUCUGACCCAUGAGUCACACAAGAAGGACGUUGAGCAAGUCUACCUCCGAUGUUCCGAAGGCUCCGUAGAAUGGCUUUACCCAACUGGAGCCCUCAUCAUCAACUUGAGGCCCAACACUCUCACGUCAGCCCACAAGCAUUUGACUGUUUGCAUUAAGCCCCUGAAGGACUCCAAAGGAGCAAAUAUUUAUUUGGAAAAAACUGGAGAACUCAAACUUUUAAUUAAAGAUGGAGAUAGUAACCCUAACAGGGUGAACUGCUUUGGCAUUGGCCAAGGAGGAUUGUUUAUUGAGGCUACGCCCCAGCAAGACAUUAGUCGUAAAAUUACUGGAUUCCAGUAUGAACUCAUAAGCCAGAGGACACUUUCGGAUUUGCAUACAGUUUCUGAUCCAUGCCGCCCAUGUGGAGAUACAGAGGUUCUCUUGGCAGUCUGCAUUAGUGACUUUGUUGUCAGAGGCACAAUCAGAGCUGUAACCAAUGAAGUAGAACAGCACGAAUCCAUCAUAGAUGUGUCUGUGGAUAAACUCUACAAGCAGAAAAACAAAAUCUUUUUCCCUAACAAAGAGAGCGGGGGCUGGGACGGCCACAUUCGGACACCUCUGGAAUGCGGUGUUAAAGCAGGAUUUGGGGACUUCUUAUUUACAGGUCGUAUGCACUUUGGGGAACCCCGAUUGGGCUGUGCACCUCGGUAUAGAGACUUCCAAAGAAUAUAUCAAGAGGCAAAACAGAAAGGGUUAAACCCAUGCGAAAUUUCCACGGACUGAAGGACACCACUGCCCUGCCGAUAAUUGGGACUUUAUACCAUUUAUAAGGACAGCAAAUGAUUUCAAAGGAAAGCUAGCCUCUACCACGGACUCCCACAAAUGCUGAACCACGGUGUGAACUCUUACACUAAUGACUAGAUGGAGGUACGAACCAAGCCAGCCACUGAACAAGACCCAUUUUUUAAGUCUUACUACAGAACUCUUAAGUUAUAUAUUUUUUUUUUGUAAAAAAAAAAAAGAGACUUUUUCAAGUUUUAAAGAAAAGAAAACUGCCUUUGUACUUUUUAAUACUAAUGUUCAUAAAAUUAAAAAAAUACUUUUUUUGUUUUUUUAUUAAGCAGUGUAACAUUUGACGUGGCACAUUCUGUAUAAAAUGGCGCAUAUGUCAUAGAACACAGACAAAAUAUCGUUAACAUUGGUGCUUUGUAAAAAGCUUGGUGUAAAAAUUUCAGUGUCGUUUCUUAUGAAAGAAAUGAAUGAGAGCAAUUUCUUUGUUUUUUUUUUUUUUUUUUUUUGUACAAUCAUGGUCUGCCAUUUUGCACAGGCUGUCUGAUUGCUCUUGGUUUUAAAGAAAUAAAGUCCUCAUGGGACUUAGUCUUUG